UGUCAUAAAUUUAUGAUUUCAUUAUAAAUUAAAAAAAAGUAGAACGGUAAUAAAUAAACCGAUGUGUGCUCUUCACUACUUAUUUAGCCAUCAUUGAGACAAAAUGCUAAAGAUUGUUGUAGUGGCUGUAGUGUUGAUUCAAAAUCUUGACGCCCAAACCCCCAGCGGGCUCCAAAUUGCUUGCAAUGCCGCAGAAACCAUACAAAGAGAUAUUUCACGCAUGAUGACGUAUCUGACUUUAAACACAGAGAAUUUUGGAAGAUACAUCUCAAAUGUGACAAACUAUAUUAAUUCAAAUUUAGAGAGGAUGGUUGUGAACGCUUUCAGAAUAGCUGGACGUUUAUUUUUUCCCUUCCGUUCGCUAGCGACAAGAUCAAAAAGAGAAAUUCCUCAAGAUGACAGUUUUGGAAACAGAGAGCAAAGAAGUACACUGCUUUUUCGUAAGAAACUAAUUAAUCAAGAUUAGAAACUGCCCUUGUAGUGUACACAAAAAAUUAGUGUAUUUAAAAUAAAUGUCGGUCUACAAUA